AUGGGGGGCGCCCUGGUAUGGGUGCUGUUGUUGCCGCUGCUGCUGCUGUUCCAUCCAGGCAGCCAGGAAUUGUCGUGCCAUGUGUCCUCGGGGGACGUGGACUGGACCAGGGAGUUCACGGACACAUGCCUGAACUUCAGUGGCCAAAGCCUGAGCCGGCUGCCUCAGAACCAGUCUCUGCAGGCCAGCAGUGUGCUUCAUCUCGACCUGUCUGGGAAUGGCCUUCGAGAGCUCCCACCGCUUUUUUUUGCUCACCUGGGAAAGCUUCAGGUCCUGGAUGUGACCAACAACCCCCUGGACCCCGUGGACAGGGCACUGGCCGAACACUGUGACCUUGACCUGAGGGCUGACUGCAGCUGUGUCCUAUUACCCUGGCACGAGGUCCGGCGGGACAACUGCUCUGGCCCACUGUCUCUGCGGUGCCUGGAUGUGUCCACCGGCGCCUGGCACAACGUCUCUGCCUUCUUGGAAGUGGGCUGUGCCCCUCCUCUGACCAUGACAACCAUAGGAGCGCUGGUGGCCAGUGGAAGCCUGUUCUUCAUGCUCGCCAUUGCUGGCCCAGUGCUGGCGUGGAGACUCUGUAGACAUCGGGUAGGCGGUAGCCGGGGCAUGAGCAAAACGUGGGCUGCUCAGAAUGGUCCUAGGUCUGGCUCGGGCCAGCAGCCACGGUACAGUAGCCGGGGCCUCAGCCCUAAGCUCCCAGCAGCCACCCUGCCCGGACCUUCCACUUCUGACUAUGAGAACAUGUCUGUGGGCCAACCAGCUGCCAGGCACCAGUGGGCUGAACACAGGCCUCACCCUUCAGAGGACAGCAACUUCUACAUGAACUAUGAGAGCCUCCACCAUGAUUCCCAGCCUGUCUACUGCAACUUGCAGUCGCUGGGCCAGGCCUCAUCGGAUGAAGAGGAGUAUGUGAUCCCUGGGCGCUGA